UGACGAUGAGAAAAGUCGCACUCUUAAAGUCGCACUGUUGCUGUCGCACUCGCUUAAUCAACGAGACAUUCUAACCAUUCUGUGAAACUUAUUACAUCAUCCAGUCCAGUCAAUAAAUCCUUUCUAAUACCGAAUUAUACCUUAAUAACUAAGCCGAAUAGGAGACAUUGUCUUAAUAAUAAUUAUUAACAAAUUGGAAGUUAUUCCACCGACAUUUUAUUUAUAAUUUACUUGCAUAAUAUAUAAAUUAUUCAUCAUAUUAUUAUUUCCAAAUUCCAUCUCGGUAACGUGACGGUUUAACCAUCAGUAAUAAUCAAUUCAAUAGUGAAAAUAUCGUGAAUGAAUGGCUCUUCGAGAGUUAUAAAUGAUCAGAACCAAACAGCACAACUUGCUGCUCAGUUUAAUGAGUUCUAUCUACAAAUUACAAGUCCAAAUAUUAGUCAAAUAGGUAAUUAUAGAAUUAUUGAAGAAAUUGGUGAAGGAGCCUUUGGGAAAGUUUACCUUGCUAAACAUAUAUUAUUAAAUACAAAUGUGGUAUUAAAAUGUGGAUUAGUAGAAGAUCCAAAUAUAGUACGAGAAAUUUAUUAUCAUAAACAAUUAAAACAUAAAAAUAUUGUUACAUUAUAUGAAGUUAUAAAGACAGAAAAUCAUCUUUGGCUUGUCCUUGAAUAUUGUGAAGGUAGUGAAUUAUAUUAUUUAAUUUAUGAAAAGAAAAGAAUUACCAUAGAUGAAUGUCGAUCAUUAUUUUUUCAAAUAGUAUUAGCAUUAAAAUAUGUUCAUUCAUUAAAUUUAACUCAUCGAGAUUUAAAAUUAGAGAAUAUCUUAUUUUCUGAUAAAAAGAAAACCAUUAUAAAAUUAACUGAUUUUGGAUUUGUAAGAGAAUUUAAUCCUUCAUCAAGAAAAUUCCUUUCAACUGUAUGUGGUACAACAGUAUAUAUGGCACCAGAAUUAUUAAAGAAUGAAAAAUAUUCGGGAUUUGCUAUUGAUAUUUGGUCUUUAGGGGUAAUAUUAUAUACUAUGGUUUAUGGACAAAUGCCAUUUGAUGAAGAUGAUGAAUUAAGAACAAAAUUUAAAAUUAUUCAUGAAGAACCAAUUUAUCAUGAUAUAAUUCCAAUCCAUUUAAUUCAACUCAUUUCAAAAAUGUUAAAUAAAGAUCCUCAACAACGUCCUGAUUUAAAUGAAAUUUUAAAUUCGGAAUUUUUAAUUGAUUUAAAUAAUAAAUAUCUUGCCAAAGUUUCUAAAACUAAAGUAAGAUUAGAAACUGAAUCAGUUAUAUCAAUUCAUCAACAUUAUAAUUCAUGUAAAGAACCAUUUCAAUCAAAAACUGAACGAGAUAUUAUAAAAAGACUUCAAAAAUUAAAUUUUGAUAUAGAUGAUUUACAACGAGGAGUUUAUAUGAAUGAUAUGAAUCCCUUAACUUCAUUUUAUGAAUUAUUAUUAACUCAAGAAUUUUCUAAAAAGAAGCAAAGAUAUUAUCGUGAAAGAAAGAAACGAUAUUAUGAUGCUAAAAGAACUCUUAAAAAAUCAGGUAAAAGAGUUAGAAGUGCACUUUCUUUAGUAGAUCAAGCCACUGGUGGUAGUUCAAGUGGUCAACCAUUAGAAAGAAUCAUGUCUACUUUAAGUUUAAGUUCAAAUAGAAAUUCAUCGAAGACAAAUAUUCAUAAAUUAACUAAUGAAAAGAGAAAAUCAACCGAUGUUGAAAGAAGAGUUGAAUCACAAUCUACGAGAAAUUCAGAUUCAUUAAAUUUAAAUUUAAAUGUCAAUUCAAAUGCCAAUUUAAAUGCCAAUUUAAUGAAUCCUUCGGUAACUUCUCCUGCCUCUUCUAAAACAAAAAUAGCUACUAUUAAUUCUAAUACUAAAAAGGAUUUCUAUAUCCCUGAUUCUCCCACUGAUAGUAGAACUACUGGAAUGGGUACAAGUUUAACUAGAGUUGUAUCAUUUGUACCCGAUGAUUCAGUUAGAAAACCUUCAGUUACAUCAUAUAUGACUACUGAAAAGCUUAAUAGUCAUAAAAGUAAUAGUAGUUAUAUUAGUACUAGUACCAAAAAGAAAUCUAAGAAUAAUAACUUUUUAGAAAAGAUUCAAUUCUGGAAAAAGAAUAAAAAUGGUGAAGAUAAUUCAUCUUAUAGUGGGAAUUCUUUACCUAAAUCAUCUACUGAUUAUAGUAAUAAUGGUAAUAAUUUAGAAAAAGUUACUCCUAGUACUUCUAGAAGUCUUGAAAAACCAAUUGAAAAAGUUCAAAAAGCUGGUCUUAAACCUGCAUUUAUGUUUGGUGAAGAACCCAGAAAGGAAGAAAUAACUCCUCGAGAUUCUUAUGAAGGAAGAUAUAAUACUCCAUCUAUUGAACAUUCUUCAACUCCUCCUGUGAUUGAUUCAUUACCUCGAUCAACAAGAACAAGACCAACAUCAAUAAUAUCUCAAAUUUCACAAAUGAGUCAUAUUAGUCAAAUGUCAACUAUGAUGUCUGAAUCCGAAUUAGAUAUUUUAGAUGAAACAGAUACUAUGGAUGAAGAAUAUGAUGAUGAUGAUGAUCCAGAUUAUGAAUCAAGUAUUUCUCAAGAUUUUAAUCGAUCAGUUGGACUUACUCCAUCAGGAAGUGUUGCAACUUCUAAUAGUGUAAAUGUAAAACCAAUUCAAAAGAAAAAGAGACCAGGAUAUAAACGAGCUCUUUCAUCAGAUUUAUCAAUUCAAUCAACUUCAACUACUACUACUUUACCAGCUAAACAUUCAAAGAAAUUCUCAUUAUCACAAUUAUCAUCAAAUUCUUCAGAAGAAAGUUCAGUUAAAUCUAAUUCAUUUAUUUCUCCAACUCCUAAUAAACCGACUACUGAGAAUCCGGUACAAACUUUAGAAUCUUCAAUAAAUCCAACCAUUAUGGCACGAUCUAAUUCUCCUGAUUUAUCUAAGAAUAAGAAACGAUGGAGAAAUCCUAUCUUUUCUAAUAAUAUAGGAGGAGGUUCAAGUAGUACUAAUGAAUCAUCUUUAUUAAAGGGUCCAAGUACUACUACAGUUUUAUUAAGAUCUCAAUCACCUCCAGUAAUGAAAAGACCUCCCAGAUUUACUUUUGAUCAUAAUAAAAGUAAUUCUAAUUCUCCUGUACCUCAAGAAGUAUCUAAUUUACAUUCAAUGGAUGCAAAAUGGGAAUCUCCAUUAGAAAUUAUAAAUAAUUCUCCUCAUACUCUUACUUCUAAUAAGACUCCAUUGUAUGGAGUUAAUGAAGAGGAUGAGGGGGAUUAUUAGAUUUAUACAUAGACUGAUUUAUAUAGAUUUAAUACAUGUACAUAUGUAUAAUAA